AUGAAGCUGAUGAUGGAAUUCUUGCAAGGAAACCGACCAAGGGCCAAGACGGAGCAGGAAGAAUGCUCCAAUAUGUUCAAAAGGUUUUCUGCUCACAAGCCGCCUACUUAUGAUGGAAAACCUGACCCCACCGAGUUCGAGGAAUGGUUGAAUGGCAUGGACAAACUCUUUGAUGCCACCCAGUGUCCAGACAAGUGGAAAGUUAACUUUGUUGUAUUCUACUUAAAAGGGCAAGCUGAUCUGUGGUGGAAGACUGCUAGAGAGAUGCAGAAUCAACCUGGAUUUGGAUGGGAAGGUUUAAAGGAGGCUAUGAGAAACCAGUUUUACCCUCAGUCUCUGCAGCUCCAGAUGGAAUCUGAGUUUAUCCAUCUGAGACAAAGGGGUAUGCCAGUUCUGGAAUAUGCUGUGAAAUUUAAUGAGUUAGCUCGAUUUGCUCCUGAUCUGGUGUCUACGGAUUGUCAAAGGAUGAAUCGAUUUGAAGGAGGUUUGAAUCUGGACCUUCAAGAAAGGCUUGCUGCAAACAUAAGUAAGUCCUAUCAAGAGCUAUAUGAUCGGGCUAUCAAUGUUGAAAGGAAAAUGAAGCUGCGAAAGGAUGUUUAUGAGAAUGGAAAAAGGAAAGGUAAAGGUCAAGAAGUUUCAAUAAGCAAUGCCUUUAAGAAUCAGAACACUGGAUUCUCAGGAAACAACAAUGGUCAGAGGCAAAUCCCUCGCUGCAACAUAUGCUCCAAAUUGGGCCAUGUAGCCAGGGAAUGUCGAGCAGGAACCGAUCAGUGCUAUCGGUGUGGUAAGACGGGCCAUAUGGUCAGGAAUUGCCCGGCUUUGGAAAGGAAGAACGAGAACACUAACAACCGUGGCCAGUGCAAAGGAACAACUCUCAGAACUAUGGUUAUGGUAGGAAUGCAAGUAAUAAUGCCAACAGAAACCCUCCACGUGGACCACCACAAGCCGGACGAGUGUUCAUGA